AUGAGGGUCGUUGUGUUUCUUGCUGUUGUUGUUUUCUCUGGUUGCCACGCCAAUGUCAUGUGGCCAGACCAACUCCAGGUCCAGACGGACUUGGUGAAAGAUGCAUUCUGGGACUACGUUGCUAAGGCAACACUCACUGCUGAAGACACAUUGCAGAAGAUCAGGAUGUCUGAAUUGGGACAGGAAAUCAAUGCCAGGAUUUCUGAGGGCACCGACACCAUCAACCAAUACACAGUGGCCGUGCGUGGUCAGGUGACUCCUCUGACUCAGGAGCUCCUGGACAAACUCUCCCAGGAGGCUGAGCAGUUGAAGGUUCGUCUGGAGCAGGACCUGAACUCUCUGAGGUCCCAGCUGGAGCCCUACGCUGAGGAGCUGAGGAUGGAGGUCCAGAAACAGGUGGAGCAGCUGAAACAGAAUGUGGCUCCCUACUCAGAGGCCCUGGACGCCCACACCCUGAGAGCCACACUGCUUCAGAAGAGUGAGGAGCUGAGGGGGAGUCUGGAGAAGAGUGUGAAGCAGCUGGAGUCUCAGCUGGGCCCCCAUACUGAGGAGCUGAAGGAGAAAAUGGAUCAGCACCUCCAGGACUUCCAGAAGAACAUGGCACCACUUGCACAGAGCAUCCAGGCCCAGUUAGUCCAGAGAGGUCAGGAGGUUGAGAGGAGUCUGGUCCCACUUGCAGAAGAGCUGAAGACAAAGCUAGACCCCUAUGCCAAGGACCUGAAAACCCAACUGACUUCACUCUGGGAGUCUUUCACCAAGACACAGCAGUAA